AUGGCUGAACAGAACUCCUCCCGUCCUCAGAGGAAGAUGUCCACAGCUGGAGAGAGUGUGUACAAGAUUUUAGGGCUGGAGAAAGGAGCUUCAGCGGAGGACAUCAAGAAGGCGUACAGAAAACUAGCACUAAAGUAUCACCCGGACAAGAACCCCGACAACCCGGAAGCUGCGGAGAAGUUCAAGGAGAUCAACAACGCCAACUCCAUUUUAAACGAUGAGAACAAGAGGCGGAUUUACGACGAGUACGGCUCCAUGGGCCUCUACGUGUCCGAGCAGUUUGGAGAGGAGAGCGUCAAAUAUUACUUCCUCAUGUCGAAAUGGUGGUUUAAGAGCCUGGUGCUGUGCUGCACCGUCUUCACCUGCUGCUGCUGCUGCUGCUGCUGCUGUUUCUGCUGCGGAAAGUGCAAACCGCCCGACGACGACGAGAGCUACCAGUACGUGGACCCCGAGGACCUGGAGGCCCAGAUCAAAGCCGAGCAGGACGGAGGUGAGUGGUCAGGCGGCCACGUCCCGCCAUGA